AUGCAAAAUAAGGAGACUGCCUUCCUUAGUGUUGAAAGUCCAGUUCAUAGUUAAAAUGUUUUAUCUCCUCGAUUUGAUGAAUUAAUUCCUAUUUAUUCUAAUGAGAACGUUGUAGAUUAGCCAAUAGAUGAAGCAUUGAAGUUAAAGAGAAAUAUAUUUGAAAGAAAGAAUUUUCGAGCAUUAGAUGAUGGACAUAAAUCAGAUAAUUCAAAUGUAGAUAACUCAUAUAGUAGCUCUAAGUAAAUUUUCUUAAUUUAAUAUUACUAGCGAAGAUAUAGGUGAUGAUAGAUCUGCUAGAUCAAGAACUCAUUCGUUUAUUAAAUAAUAGAAAAGUCCAAGUCUUUCUUAUUAAGAAUACUAAUAGAACAGUCCUAAUUAGAAAGCAUUAUCUGGUUAAAUUUUAGAUUCAACUUAUAAUUUUCAAUAUUAGGCAGGCAAGUCUAACUCAAAACUUGAAAAAUAUUAAAGUUUUGUUUAAUAAUUUGAAAUGCAAGAAGAUAAAUUAUAGAGAAUUAAAAUAAAACAAACAUAGACAUAGAUUUAAAUAAAAGAAGUUUAAAAUAAAAGAUCAUAAUGUAGAAGAGAAGGAACAGUUGGGUAUUUAAUUAAAUGAAUUAUAGAUUAAAUGAAAUUUGGUCAUAAAAGGGUUUAAUGAUUAUUAGAUUGGUUUCAAGAUUUAUUUAAUAAUUAAAAACAAAAACGGAAACAAUUAAAUUUAGGCUUUUAACUCAAAAAAUAUUUUCUGUAAUUGGAGAUAUGUCUAGUAAUUUUGAGUUUAUAUUGGUUUCUCAUUAAAUUAAACAAUAACCAAGUUUAGUAAUUACAAAUAUAACAUUAGUUUCUUAUUGUAAAAUAUAAUUUCUAAAAAUAAGCAACUAAAUAUUUGCAUUAUUUAGAAUAUUGUUAAGAUUUCUUAAGUAAAAACAUAAAAAUUAUAAAACCAGAUAGUAAAUUUAAAAUAAUUUGGGAUAUAGUUUUAUUGUUAUUUAUUGUAAUGAACAUUUUUUAUAUUCCUAUAAAUAUAAGUUUUGACAUCACAAUUUCAGGAGCUUUUGAAUAUUUAUUUGAUUUACUUCCCUCAUGGAUAUUUGUAGCAGAGAUUAUUUUAAAUUUUAAUACUGCUUAUUAUGAUAAAGGUUUAAUGCAUGAAGAUAGGAAAUCAAUAGUAAAACAUUAUUUAAAAUAAAACUUUUUUUGGGAUUUGAUUGUUGUUAUUCCUUUUUUAAUCUCAAAUUUAAAUAUACCUUUUGUUAGAUAUACAUUACUUUUAAGAUUAACUAGAUUAAAUCCUUUAAUGGAAAGCAUUGAAGAAAUGCUUAAUUUAGAAGUAUAAUAAAAUAAUAGAAUAAUAGGAAAAUAUAUAGAUAGUGGUUGAUCUUUUUAAACUUAUCUUUUUUCUUGUUUUAACAGGUCAUUUUUGUGGAUGUGCUUGGCAUUUUGUAGCAUUAACUGAAUAUGAAUCCUUUGGACUUACUGAAACUUGGUUAACUCAUUAUGAUCCAGCUGCUAAUGAAUAUCAUUGGUUUGAUAGAUAUAUUAUAUCAUUAUAUUGGAGUGUUAUAACAACAGUAACAGUAGGAUAUGGAGAUAUAGUUCCAGUGACUACUUUUGAAAGAAUAUUUGUUAUAGUAGUAACACUAUUACUUUGUGGAAUAUUUGGAUAUUGUAUAUCAAAUAUUGGAAAUAUCUUUAAAUCUAUAUCAGAUAAGAAAACUACUUAUAAGUUUAAACUUCGUUAAAUUCAUUAACAUAUUAGAAAACGUGGACUUAAUUUAAAUUUAUCAUUAAAGGUUUCAAUAUUCAUAUUAUUUAUAAGGUUAAAAAAUACUUUGAGUAUUAUUUUAAAUUAGAAUAGGAAGAAGAUAAUAAUGCUGACAGUUUUUUAUCGUAGCUUACUAAACAUUUAAGAGAAGAAGUCUUGACAGAUUUAUAUCGUAAUACACUUAGAAAAUCUAGACUUUUAAGAGAUAAUUUUAAUGAAAUAACUAUUAACAAUCUUUGUCAAUUUGUUAAAGAGAAAAAAGUUCUACCCGAAGAAGUUCUUUAUUCUCGAUAUGAUUAACCAAAAAAAUUAUGGUUUGUUCUUUCAGGUGCUUUAGAAUAUGUUGCUGAUCAUAAAAGUACAACUUAAUUUCAUUAUGUAAGAUGAAAAUGAUUAAUAUGAAGCUACAGAGACAUUUUUGAAAAAAGUCACUGCUGGGUAAAUUAUCAGUACAUUUAUAUAGAGCAGUUCUUGGAGAAAGAGAGUUUAUAACCUAAUAACCAUAUGAAUAUAAAGCGAGAGCAUUGAAAUUUACAUAAAUGGCUUAUAUAGAGUAUAAUAUUUAGUUAAUGUAAUUAGCUAUGAUGAUUUUAUAAAUGUAAUUGCAGAAAUUGAUAAGGAAUAUGAGAUAUUUUGUAUGAAAAGAGAUAGAUUGCUAUUAUAUCCAGCUUUAAAGGGAUCUGGGAAUGUGUGUGAAAUAUGCGAAUGGACGCAUAACUUUAUUUAGUAUUUUAUAUAUUUCUAUUUAAGGUGUCCAUUCGUUUUUUUAUAACCUAAUACUAAUAAAAUUGCAAAUAGGUUUACAACAGUUAAAAUGAAUAAUAGAAUUAAAUUUCCAUAUCGUUUAUCUAAAAAAUAAAGAACCAAAGAAACAUUAAAUAAAGCUUAAGAGUGUGCUUUAAGAAUAAUUGUAGGGAAUUUAACAGAAUAGUAAUUAUCGAUAUAUUGUAUAGAGAAUACACAGAUGAAUAUCUAAUAUCUUUAGGAUUUUAAUUGAGUCCAAAUAUAGAUGAUGUAUCGCCUAAAAAUGAUGAUUCAUCAGAAAAUAUUUAUGAAUAGAAAUCAAUUACAAAUAAUGAUAAAUAAAAUACAAUUCAAUAAUAAAACACUAUGAGAAUAACUGCUGGAAUAACAACAGAUUUAAGAGAAAGUAGAGACUUAGAUUUGGGUAAUUAAAUGAGAAAAAGUAUUAUAAAUUUUAAAAGAAUAUAAUUUGGAAAAGAGAGAACAAGAGCAAUUUAAUUUUAAAAGAAAGAUAAUUAAGAGAAGAUUUCUGAAACAUUAGAAUAAUCAUAAAUGUUAAAUAUUCCAAAUACAUAGAUAUAAAAUAAAAAUAAUAUUGCUCCUAAUAAGUAAUAUCAAUAGAAACCUAGAAGAUCAUCAAAUUUGGAUGAUUUUGGAUUUAUGUAAGUAUCAUAGAAAUUGGGAAAUUUGGCUUAAUAAUUUUAUUAAUAAGAACAUGAUAAUAAUAAUAAGUAUUCUCUUAAGUAAAUGAGUAGAAAUAGUGAAGAAAGUGAAAUGAAAGAUUCAAUAAAAAUAAAAAGAUAAAUUGAGAGUUAGGAGAGAAGAGUUUAAAUGGGAGGAGAUUAAAGAAGAAAAAUGAAAAAGACAACAAUUUAAAUGGGAUAAAGAUAAAAGAAACGAUCAUAUUAAAAUAUUUAAGGUUCUAAUUAAAGUCCGGUUUCAUAGAAUUAAUAAUAGAUAUAAUAAAUAACAAUAUCUUUAGAUUAAAAAAGGAAUAGAACAAGUUUCAUAGAGAAUAAAAAGAAUUUAGGUUAAACAACUCAUUUAACAAGUUCUGGAUUGAUAGAAUUGAAAGGAGAAAUAAAAGAAGGAUCUUAAAUUGAUUCAUUACAAUAAAAGAUUCUUGAUAUUGUUCAUACUAAUAUAAAUUUAGAAAUGGAUAUAUGCAAAUAAACUUUAGUAUAUUUUCCAGAACAUAAUAUAGAUGUAAUCUUAAAAAAGAUAGAGAUCUAUUAUUAAUCGAAUAAAAUGAAGGAAAAGAAAAUGUAUAAAAGAACUAAAUCUAAUCGUUAUUUAUUUGAAAGAAUAAAAGCUUCAAAAAAUGCUACAAUAAAAAGCUUAUAGAAUAAUUCUAAAUCUUAGACAGAUGUAUAAAAGAAUGAUGAAAAAAUUUGA